GCCAUGACCAAGCUGGGGCAGUGGCUCUUUGGGCUGGCCCUGCUGGGCUCAGCCUGGGCCGCUCUGGCCCUGGCCCCGCCGGGGCUGCCGGCGCCUCUCCGCCAGGCCCUGCUGCCCCUGCCCGUCUACCUGCUGGUGGCCUUCGGCUGCUACUCGCUGGCCACCGUGGGCUACCGCCUGGCCACCUUCAACGACUGCGAGGAGGCGGCGGCCGAGCUGCAGGAGCACAUCAGGGCGGCCCGGGCAGACCUGCGGCGACAGGGGCUGCGCCUGUGACAGCAACAAAACCCGGGGACAGCG